AUGAUGCAAGCACAACUGUUUAUUUUUUUGGUAGAUCCGCAGGUUGAUUUUCCUUGUUUUAAUGUGCGGACUCUCCGAGGAAAUCCCAUUCCGAUUUUCAGAGAGCCCGCUAACAGAGAAAAGAUGGCGUGCUCCAGUAUGGUGAAAUUGAACGCCGCUGCCUCAUCUUGGAUCGGUGGACAGCAGACCUUUAAUCAACGGUCCGGAUCGGCCUGUCGUUUACCCUCCCGCCGUGUCUCUGUCAUCCGCGCCGGAUCUUAUACCGAUGAACUCGUCAAAACCGCUAAAUCAAUUGCAUCUCCAGGACGGGGCGAAUAUAUUUCCGGUGCCAUUCUCUUUGAGGAGACACUUUACCAGUCGACUACAGAUGGAAAGAAGUUCGUAGACUGUUUACGUGAUGAGAAUAUUGUACCUGGUAUCAAAGUUGACAAGGGUUUGGUUCCACUACCAGGAUCCAACAACGAAUCGUGGUGCCAAGGAUUAGAUGGAUUGGCUUCUAGAUCUGCUGAAUACUACAAGCAAGGGGCUCGUUUUGCGAAAUGGAGAACUGUUGUUAGCAUACCAUGUGGUCCUUCUGCUCUGGCUGUUAAGGAAGCUGCCUGGGGUCUUGCUCGAUAUGCUGCUAUUUCCCAGGACAAUGGUCUUGUGCCUAUUGUAGAACCCGAAAUUCUUCUUGAUGGAGACCACCCAAUCGAGAGGACACUAGAAGUUGCAGAGCAAGUGUGGUCAGAGGUCUUCUACUACUUAGCAGAAAACAAUGUUGUCUUUGAAGGGAUACUUCUUAAACCUAGCAUGGUAACUCCAGGCGCUGAACACAAAGAGAAGGCUUCACCAGAGACCAUUGCCAAAUACACACUCAACAUGCUAAAAAGGAGAGUACCUCCUGCAGUUCCAGGAAUUAUGUUCUUGUCAGGUGGACAAUCUGAAGUAGAGGCAACGUUGAAUCUCAACGCGAUGAACCAGAGUCCCAACCCAUGGCAUGUCUCUUUCUCCUAUGCACGAGCACUCCAGAACAGUGUGCUGAAAACAUGGCAAGGACACCCCGAGAAUGUAGAAGCUGGGCAAACAGCACUUUUGGUACGUUCUAAGGCCAACUCCUUGGCACAGCUCGGAAAGUACUCGGCUGAAGGCGAAGGGGAGGAUGCCAAGAAAGGAAUGUUCGUCAAGGGCUACACAUACUGA